AUGACUGCCGGUUUUCGUUUUCUUCUAUUUUUACUAUGGAUUUCGGAUAUGGUAGAUGGCAUGCAAACAUCCUUUCUUAUCGAGAGUUACAUCGUUGUCAAAGGAGCUGUACUGUUACAACGUGCUGUGAAGAGCAUGCGUGAAUGUUCGUCUUAUUGUCUGGAUAGAACUGAUUGUGGAGGUUUCAAUUAUUUGAUUAAAAAUGAUGGCAACGCUCAUUGUUUAAUUAUUGACACCAAAAAACAAGCGAAAGAAGUAGAACUUCCUGUCCCCGAAGAGGUGCUAUAUGCAGCUCUGAGGAUCUCGCUGAGUGAAGGAUGUGGCACUCGAACAUUUGCUUACGAAAAAUUUCCUCAUUUGAAAGCAACUUCGAAGGAAAUCUUCCUUGGAACUGCAGGUAGCGAAUCUCUCGAGCAAUGUCUGAAGAAAUGUCAGGAAAAGUCGGAUUGUCGUGCGGCACAGUUCAACAGUUACAACGCGUCUUGUGAUCUUCUACGAGCAUCACCUAACUUUGUAUAUAAUGUGCGAAAUCACUUCACGUACAGUGAUAACACUGAUGUUUACGAGAACAACUGUUUGAAAGUAUCAAUGUCUUCCGCAAAGUGUGGCUUUAUGAGAAUCAACUCUGCUGGACUCACGGAUUUCUACGAUGAUGUGAUUCCAAACAUAAAAGAUGCAGAAGAGUGCGAACAAGUGUGCAUAGUGCAGGAGAAGGUGGCCGAUCCGUGUAGGUCGUACACUUACGACAAACAGAGCAAGCAGUGCUAUGUGAGCCAUCAGGAUAGCAGAUCCGCAGGAAGAAAUCCAUUGGCAAAUCGGAACGAAAACCUCGUCCAGGGGUCGUUAGACGACUGCAUUGACUUUGCUCUUAAAUGCCGUAACGAUGCGCUGGAAAUCCACGGAUUUUCUAUGCGACUGUUUAGCGGAUCCAUGAAGACAAGAAGAAGAAAAGAUGUGAUCUGUGAGGAGAAAGUGUCCUCAUCGUUUGACUUUAUGGUGAAAAUCCCAUACAAGGAAUGCGGCAUUGACAAGAUCAACUCACCGUUUCCAUCCCACAGUGGGUUGGUACAUGUGAAGGAAGGCAGCACAAACCUAAUCACUAUUAGGGAUAAAAUUCUCCAGGUCAAUUGCCAUAUUCACCCUCAAGUGGGCAUAAAUGAUCAGAUUUUAACGACUCGAAUGCAAGUUGAAGAUAUUAACAGCACUCAUCGGACAUUGACCAACAAUAUCGUUCACACGCCCGGUCAGUCACAACGUCCCCAUUACACGCUCACAGUACUGAAUGCUGAUGGUGUAGAAACGGAUGUUGUGCACUCUGAAGACCAUGGAUGGUUGUCAAUUAAAAUAAAUGACGAUUCCCCAAGCCGUAUUUUCGUUUCCAAUAUGCUGGCUAGAGAUGUCAACACGAAAGAAACAAUCAAUUUGAUUGGAGAUGAUGGAUGCGUGACUCGUCGUGAUUACGUCCUGAGCAUUUCGCAGCCGUCACCUCGAGAAAUCCGCUACAAGAUCAGUUUCAACGGCUUCGAUGAAAAGAGUCAAUUUGUCUUCCAAGCUUUAAUUGAAACGUGUACGUUCGAAUGCUCACCGAAAUGCAAUCAAGACUUGUGGCUGGAAGGCAAGGAGCAGAAAGAUUUGUCCGAAAAUAAUGUUCGAGUAAAGCGCACUGCAGAACCACGCCGAAUUGAGUUGACGCAGGACAUCUACAAGGUUCACGGCUGCCGCGUCACAAUUCUGCCACAACUUAACUCCCAGAAGCAAGUGCACGCCAUCAAAGUGCAGAUUCCCCAUGCCCUCGUCGAGAAAGCGCUGCAAGAUGAGGAAGUACUGGUGGAAAUGAUAGAAGGCCAAUCAAUCGCAUCGGCGUUGCGACAUUGUUUUUCCGAUGACAUCACUUGCUUGUUCACGGUGGUCUUGGCGUCGAUCCAACUGUUUCUGUUGAUGUCAUGCAUUUGCAUAAUCUGCUGUUAUGUACAGCAAUGGCGCACGUAUCGCAGCGUCCACGAGUCUGUUCAAACGCAAAUCCAAUACGAAAUGAAUGGCGAGAACACUUUGACGAAGAAUGACAAUCGUUUGGAAUGA